UCAUAAUCCUAACCCUACCCGCAAGGCAUCCCCCAGCAUGCCCCCAAAAAGAGGUGGGCGCAAAGCACGCCCCUCGCAACCUCCGCCGCCACCCCCUCCGUCCCUCCUCCCCCUCCUCCCGGACGAUCUCUCCAAGCAGCUUCAAGAAGCGGUAUCACAAUGGGACGACAGCGGCACGGAAACCCUGCAUACGAUAAUAUCAUCUCUACUAGAGGCUAUUGUAAACACGUCAUUGGCACUGUCGGCUGUCCCCUUGUUGCACACCUUCGUCUUCCUCCUCAAGUCGGAAGUCGACGAGAAAGAAUUGACUGGGGUAUUUGAAGGUGUUUUGGACGAAUUGGACGACGCGCAGAAGGAAAACUUCUGUGAAUCUUUGGUGGAUGCCAUUGAGGUCUUAGAAGAUGAGAGGGAAUCUCUGGCUGAAGGCCAGACCAAGCAAGAAGGCGAAGAUGAGUCUAGAAAUAUCAAUGUUUUGAAAUAUCUUCUCGAAUCAAAUUCUCUCCCGCCCCAUAUCCCCAAUCUUCUAUUGGCACCCGAUCGCCUAUUGUCCUUGAACCUGCACCCCAUGCCCCGGAAUCCAAAAGCCCUGCAAAGCGGCCUAGUCAAGAAGAAUACCUCAUUCUUCUUCAAGCAACGAAAAUUCAAUCUCCUGAGAGAAUGCUCUGAAGGAUUCUCGGGACUCAUUGUCGUCCUUACCUCCCCAGACACGCUCUCGAACCCUGCCGACGAAAGUGAUAUCGAUAGACAUGAGCGCGCCGAGCGAGUCUGGGGCAAGAUCAUCAGGCUGAUAGGCUACUUUAAUCUCUCGCCGCCUCGAGUGCUUGAUAUCAUACUCGAAAUGGCCAGCUGUCAUGUGGCCUACCACUGGCGAUUCUUCCUCGAGCUGCUUCGAUGCUCCCCCUGGGGAAGCGCUGCGGUCGAAAAUGCAAAGGGCAAAGGCAAGGAAAGAGAACCGUCCCUUGACUGGAAGGAAGAAGAGGUCAAGGGGAUCGAAGACGUCGUGUCUGAAGACGGUGAUCGCGUCCUGAGCCAAGUUCUUGGGUUCAAAUUCGGCUACUUUAGAAGGAACGAUGCCGGCGAUACUCCAUCUGGCGUCGUAUUCAUCGCUGCCCUACUGGUCAAGCACGGGUUCAUCACUCUUGCCGAUUUGUUGCCAUUCCUUGCGCCGGACGACUCAGAAAUGGAAACAGCCUGCCAGACAUGGGCUUCAUCGCUAGCCUCCAGGUCUGGGCCUUCAAACGCGCUCACCAGCACUAUCCUCGAUGACGAUGAGCCCCCAAGCAACGGCGGAUCGUCCAAAAUGGACGACGGCAAGAAAGCCAACUCCAAACCUCCUCCUGAGCAAAGGAUGCAGCUCUGCCAUGCUCUGCUUGCCAUUGGCGACAAAGCUUCAGCCGAAUAUCUGUUGGCAAGGUGGCCCUGGAUUGCUCAAAAGCAUACUGGAGUGGCCGAUUUGAUUAUGAAGAUUCUUGAUGCAGCUGUCGACCCUAUCUAUCAGCAGAUAUGUGGCAAGAAGGAUGAUCUCGAUUAUAAUGCUGUUGCGCCUGUUGCUCUGGAGCAAACGCAACUAAAGAAAACGACUCUUCUCACUCUAUUCUUCCCCGUUCCUCCAGAAACAGCCACAAAGAGAUUCGAAUUCUUCUAUCCUGACUGGAGCGAAUCGCUGGAAUCAUGGACCAACGAUCAGGAGAUACACGAAAAGGGUUUGCGAUGGAUGGGGCUCAUACGAGGCUUGGGCGGAAGAAACGCUCGGCUCAUGGUCAAGCUUUGUCGUAUCGGUGUCGCCAACUUUGAGCGACUCAGACAAAACAAGCAAACCGCAAUUGAUUCGUUGGAAGUUGAGCCCCCGGCUCACGAGUUGAUCGAGUUGCUCGCCCCCACCACCGAUGAGCUCAAGCCAUGGCUCGACAUCAUUCGCAUCUUGUUACUCCCCGCUCUCUCUUGCUCGUCUGCUUCAGCGGCUUUCGAUGUCGAGCUUUGGGACCUUCUCAAAUUAUUCCCAUACACUGCGAGGUAUUCGCUCUAUGGUGAAUGGCGAGAUAGCACCUGCAGCGCGAAUGGACGCAAUCCUUGUCUGGCCGCUACCAACGCAGCAGCACAGACUACCAAGGAGGUCCAAAAAGCCCUACGACGCGUUACUUCCACCACUUCCACUGGUCCAUCUGCUGCUUCGCAAUCCGAAAGGCAUAGUGCCCGUGCGUUGGCCAAGCAGAGUCACGGCAACCCCGUCUUUGUUUGGACCACGGCAGUCACGCAAGUGAAAGCUUAUCCCAAUAUCGGAGAGGCUAUCGUAGACGCGGGAAGGUACAUGGCUCAGCUGUCCUUUGACGUGGCAACGUUUGUCAUGCUGGAUACUCUCUCAGAUGAUAGGGCCAUGCGAUUGAACGAAAUGGGUACCGGCGUUGCUCUUUGGCUAGAACGUCUGUCCAAGUUUGUUGGUGACUUUAACCGACGAUACGCUAAUAUGGACCUUUACCCCGUCCUUCAAUAUAUCAUCAACCGUCUUAUGCGCGGUCAUUCUGGCGACCUCAUCAUUCUUGAAAAGCUCAUGUCUUCCAUGUCCGGCCUCGAGCCCGUGCCCAAUGAUGGCGUCUCUGAAGCCCAACUUCAGGCCUAUGGUGGCGGCCGUGAACUCAUCCGCGAGGCAUUUGCCGCUACACGCAUCAAUAUCGCACCCCCGCCCGAGCCUGGUGUACCAGGUGCCCCGGGCGGAGAUAGCGUGCAGAGGGCAGGACCCGUAGAAAAGGUCAAGAGUGUGAAAAAGAGUCUGCCAAGGCUGGUAAAUGCUUUGAGAAAUCAAGGUCUCGCAAUGCCUAUCUGGAUCGCUUUGGCGCAGACAAGACAGGCGGUGGUUGACAAGCUGGCGGAUACGCCCAUGAAGGCCAUGAACCUCGUACAAGAUACUUGCCAUAACGCCUUCAUUCAAUUUGGAGAUUUCCUGGUGGACAACUUGACAUCUGACGAACACGUCAAUCUCACUCCGGACCUUCAGCAGCUCUACGAAGACUUCGGUCUCGAGUAUGGUAUGGCGUUCCAGAUUCUCCGCCCCCGUCUCAAUGCCGAGAUUGAGAAGAGCCGGCAAGAGGAAAAGGCUGCAGUACAGGCAAGAUUGGAUGCUGCCAGAAAAGCGAUGAACGGGAAAGACGCUGAACAAUCUGCCACCGCCUCAGCUAGUGGUGUUGCCUCGCCUUGCAAGGCAGAAGACAGCCCUUUGGCACCAGGUUCUCCCGUGCCGUCUACCCCGCCCAUGGUUAGCACUCCUGCUCCGGAAGGGGAUGAUGUUGUCAUGGAAGAUGGCGAAAAUAGUGCAUCUGCUGGCACCGUGCCUGUGCCCAAGGCGGGUAGUAAGGCAAAGGCAUGGUGGCCAUCAGCUCUGACGUCAACAAUGCACCAGACGAGACAGCUUUUGCCCAAGGAAGCCAACGAGGUCAUGAGCGCCCCAUUCUUUGUCAUAUUCUGGCAUUUGACCACUUCAGACAUCUCCUACUCGAGUCAGUCCUAUGACACAGCCAUCAAAGCGAUCCAACGUCAUAUCUCCACCGUCUCCUCUUGGCGUAUCAACGCGAAUACUCCUGGCGCAAAGAUCAAGAUCCAUGAACAACAAGACGAGCUUGCCCGUCUUCGCUCCCGCGUGGAGGUACUGAAGAAGGAAUCUGUCACUCACAGGAAUUUCGUCAAUCAGACGAUGAAAAGACGUCUCAAAUUAGAGAGUGGCAAGUGGUUUGGGAAAUCUAUCGUGGACAAGAGCUUGCAAAGGAUCUUGGCGCUGCAAUUGCACCAGUACUGUUUCUACCCGAGAGCUAUCCUUUCGCCAUGCGAUGCUGUAUUCGUGGCCAAGUUUAUCAGGCUAGCUCACGACCUUGGCACGCCCGGUUUCUCUACCCUCUUCGUCUACAACAACAUCUUCAACGACAACCUUGCUGCGUGCAUAUUUUCUUGCACUGACAGCGAAGCUCGUAACCUUGGUAGAUGUCUUGCUCUCAUCCUCGAGGAUCUAGACAAGUGGCACCAGAGCGAAGAGGUCUACGUCAAAGAAGCUCUCGGUAUCACUCAAUCCGCUUCGGGUGAGGAAGAUCAAUCAAAGAGGCUACCUGGCAUGCUCUUCAGAAGCAAAUCUGGGGAGGAGAUGAAGCAGAUGACUUGGCAGGAGUUUAGAAACUUAUAUGCCAAAUUCCACAAUGCCCUGACUAGAACAUUGAUUUCUUGCUGGAGCGAGGCCGAGUUCAUGCACAACAAGAAUGCCAUCAUUGUUGCCCUUCAGGUCAUCAGAUUCUUUCCUCUCAUGGAAAGUAAUGGUAAGCUUGUCGAAGCUGCCGUCAAGAAGCUGCAGGCGGGCGAGGUUGGUGAAAUUCCGAGCGACUUGAAGAUGAUGUGCACAUCAUUCCUGUCGGGUCUCUCGAAGCGUCAAACCAUUAGGCCGUUCGUACCGCCCUCUGCCUUUCACCGUUCUGCGCCUGCCGCUCAGCCUCUGGCUUCACGCUUGUCCAAACCUCCCCUUCAAGCUCCCUCCACUCCUUCCCACUCCUUGCUCGCCAAUGAAAAUGGCAGCACUGCUUCCUCAGCUCCUGGAACACCUGUUCCGUCUGCCCCUGCUGUCCCGUCUGGGCCCUCCUCGUCUACCACGCCUGUGGUCGAUCAAGCAGCUUUGCGUCAGAAAGUAGAAGAGAGUCGCAGGCAUACGGAAGAGCUUCGGGCACGGGCCGCCCUGGAAGAAAGAAAGAUUGCGCCCAGCUCGCCUGCCAAUCACCCAAUCCCCAACCGACCCAACUUGCAAAACCGUAUGGGCAGUGGUGCUCACAAUGCCUCUCUGAAUGCUCCCACCGGCCCUGCCGCCCGAACGCCUUUGUCUCAUUCUUUGUCUAGAGCCAACACACCUUCCAGUACAAUGGGUCCCCCAGAUAGCCAGUCGGAAGAAGCUAUUCGAGCUCAGCGUGCCAAAAGAUUCCAGCGACCCCCGCCGCCUCCGCCGUCUCAAAUUGCGUCCGCUACCGCUUCACCUGUUCCUGCUGGAACUGAUCUGAAGUCGGCUACCGACCUGACUUUGGGAAAGGGGGUCGAGAACGAGAACAAUACUCCCGGCACCCCAUCGCCCCCUGCCGAUGGCUCCGCUACUCGUGGCGGAACCCCUGCGCCCCCUUCUCGAGCUUCUCCAAGUGCUACUUCUCGCAAUCGAAGAGAUGGCAGCGUAGAGUCUCGUGCGAGCGAGCGAUCCCGUCGAAGCGGAAAGAGGGAUUUUCAACGAGAGCAGUACCGGGACGCCAGCCGUGACAAGGAGCGAGACAGGAAUGUGCAUCGCGAGGAUGGCCAAGAUAACACUAGAGAAGCAAUCGAAUCGGAGCGAAGGCGCCAUGAGGAAGACCUUCGUAGGGCUCGAAGUGAUGACCCAAGGUCUGGGGACCGGGACGAAUCUUCUCGAAGACACAGCAGGCGAGACGACGAGAAGCGAAAGGACGGUCGGGACAAGACCGAAAGAAGGAGAGAGAGCCGCAGAGACUCCAGAUACAGGGAGGACGAGAGUGGGAAGCGCAAGCGGGAGGACGAGUACUUAGCGUCCUCGAGGAGACCCGAUUACGAAACCUCUAGCUCCAGUGGGAGACGAGGUCGGGACAAGUACGACGAUAGAGAUUCUCGUCGAGAUUACUCGGGCCGUGAGGGGGAUCGCGACUCGCGCGACAGGCGAAGCUCUCGGAGAGACGACAAGCACGACUCACAUCGUAGCAGUAGGAAUAGAGGAGAUAGGCAGGAUGCGUCGGAUGGUCGACACCGAGAUGGCCGAGGCCACAGUCCGGCCAAUGAAGCUGAGCCAGCUUCACAACCUCGUCGAGCAUCUUCACCAAAACCAAGCGGAUCUCCAAACGACGGUGGCCCUGCUGAGAGAGGUCCCCAUAGCCUCCCUGCCAGACCCACUACUACCAGCGCGGAAGGCGGGGCGCUGCAUAGUCCUGCCUCCCAAGGAGUCCCCAGUCUCUCAGCACGCUUGGGCGGCAUGCGAUCACCCCCUCCGCACACGAACAACAACUCGGUUCCUCCUGCCUCACAAGGGAAGACGAGCGACUCUGGCCCUGCUCAAUUCAGAGGUAACAAUCUAGGCAAUGGAAAUCGGGCAAACCAUGGAGGCGGAGGCUGGGGAACGCCAGACAAUGGUUGGGGCACCCGUGGGACGAAGAGAGACGAGCCGAGAAAUGAGGAACGUCGUGAAUCAGGCGGUCAGCAACAACACGGUCGAGAAUCCAGAGUUGAGGAACCAAGCGAAGAGAUUAGGAAAGAACAAGUGACACAGGAAGAGUCUACGAAGGAGGGAUCUGGCGCCGAUAGGAAAAGAGCUCUUGAGGGUAAGUCAAUCUCCGUUGCUUCAAGCUACUCUGGAUGGUCGCUUGAAAAUUCCGUAGGAGGCGCCCGCGAAGAUUCUCCUGGUGCUGCAAAGCGACCCAAGAUUGACCGCAAUAAGAAUCGGCCUGCUCGGAAUGACGGAAACGCCGCUUCCAGGAUGUUGGCGUCAGGAGGAGUGAUGAAGAAAUAAGCACUUGGAUCGGUGCAGCGUGAUCGGCGUGUCUUGAAAAUCUUUGUACUAUGCAUAUAUUGAGCCCGAGUAGUGGGCGUUGAG